UUGUCAGUGGUCCCACGGAGUCCCUUCUGCCAGUAUUACAGUGGAUAAACAAGUGGAGAAAUGAAUCACCUGAAGGCCUUAAAUUACAACCUGUAUUGUUUAUAGACUUAAUUGCUAGCUCGGUUUUCCGCGGAGAUUUUUAAAUCUACCCCCAACACAUUAAGCUGUUUGUUAAAAGUUGCUGAACUAAGUGUCCUGUUUAAUUUAGGAAUCAGGAUCGACUACUACAGCAACUAGCCUCAGUUAAACUUGAACAUUUUGUGAAAUAUGGCUAACAACGGAGUAAACCUGGUCGAAGAGGACCCGGCCGCAGCUUUCCUGGCCCAACAGGAGAAUGAGAUAGCAGGGAUUGAGAACGACAGCGAGGACCUACAGCCGUUUCAUCUGCAGACAGUUAACUACGACGAGUCUACCUCAGUGAACGGAGAUUUGUUUCAGGAAUCGAAUGGUCCCACAGACGGCUACGCAGCCAUCGCCCAGGUGGAUAUUCAGAGACAAGAGCCUGAAAGUUUACGCAAGUGGAGGGAGGAGCAGAGGUCUCGCCUUGAAGCAUUGGACUCAGCUUCCAAGGCAGCAGAGGAGGAGUGGAGGGAGAAGGCUAAGAAGGAGCUGGAGGACUGGCACGUUCAUCAGAGUGAACAGAUGGAGAAGAACAAGGCCAACAACAGAUCAUCUGAGGAGGCCUUCCUGGCAGAAAGUGACGGCCCAGGAGCUGAAUGGGAACGAGUAGCUCGUCUCUGUGACUUCAAUCCCAAAACCAGCAAGCAAGCAAAGGAUGUUUCACGAAUGCGCUCCAUCCUCAUCUCCCUAAAGCAGACGCCUCUAAUUCGCUAGAAAAUGUGCUUUAGAGAGUUUUCUGCUCAUAACAUUGCCUUUUAUUCAGUUUUAACAAUGUACCUGAAUAAUUUGUGAUUUUCCCAUUUUUAAAAGCCUUUUCUUUAUGCAUAACGUGAUGGGAGUACUCUCUUAUCACCACUAUUAUACCAGAGAAAAUAUUGUUACUGCAAGAUAAACUCUUUCCUUUUACAUUUAACUUACACAUUUUAGAUCAUUGUAGGCCAGUAUUUUAAAAUGCAAAGUUUUUUUUUCCCCACGGCUUAGGUCCAAUUCAGAACAGUAGGCUAGAUCGUAUUCAUUCAUGUCUCGUCUAUGUAGAAUGUUCAUUUUAGUUACAUGAAUCUCCUAGUUUUACAUAGCAAACACGUUUCUGUUAUGAACAUUAGCUUGUGGCCUUUCUGAUCUGGCUCUUGCUACACAUUUGCAUUGAGACCAGUUAUCAUUUUCUAUUUAACUGGGCAAGACGAAGCAAAACAAACAGAAAAAGCAGCCUCACAACCAAAAACUUAAAUCAUCAUCUAAACUCAGAGAUCAUGGACAGCCAUACUUAAAGUGAGAGUCAAGGCAUGGGUAGAGAUGUAUUUCAUCCACACUUCCUGUUAGAAAAAUGCUUCUGAAAGAGGCGUCACCUGGCAGACUGAGAGAGCAGCACUGAGGCAGUGAUAGACCACACCCCCCUCUACCCCUCCCCGUGUGCUGUCGGAGUUUCUCAAUCUAAAAACGAGUUGAUGAGCGCAGCACACAAUCACACCAGACUUGCAGCUCAGGAGAAAAGCCGAUACAGAUUCUGCAGCAUUCUGAAGGAUUUCAUGUUAACCACGAUCAUUAGAUGAAAAGGGGAGGUGGUCAUUUUUUUCAAGGAGGCGAGCGGCUCAGAGCACCAACGUGUCCUAUCAGCAGGUGAGUGGCUGAGCCAGGUGGAGGUGCAGCGGCCUCACCUGGAGACCAGUGCAGUGCCGCCACGUAGCUGAUUCUACAUAAAUGUGGAGCAGUUUUUAACCUGAAGAUGGAUAUAAUUAUGGUUUUGGGCUGAAAUAUUAAAUUUAAAGUAAGUUGCACUAAACUGCCACACUAAUGAUUACACGUGUCUACAGCACCAUUAGACACACAUCUGUACAGGUUAUCAAAAUAAAGUUAAUUUAGGUGUUACUUGCUCUUUAAGCACAGAUCUGUUUGAAUAUGUGAACGGUUUUUACGUAUUGUGUGGUAUUAACCAUCUUGUACUUGUGUGUAGAAAUGUUCUUAAAUUUAAGAACGGCUCUGGCCAUGCAUAUGCACAGCACCUAGUGGUGGAACAGGGGAAACCACACACUGAAGAUCUCAGUCAUCCAUGAGUGUUCAUGCACAAAUUUUUUUUAACCCAAUCAGCAAUUAUGUCUAUGGAAAAACAGCUUUGUUUGGGGUUAGAACCUAUAAAAGACACUUGUGACCAACAGGAAUUUGACUCUAGCAUGGCUGAUCUCGUCAUUGGAGGAUGUGGCAUUGUGUGCACUCUGGUGGGAACGUGUCUCCUGUGAAUAGGCUGAUCUUCCCAAAGUGGAUGCUUAUGGAGCUAUUCCAUGAUUUGGGACUAAGUCCAUAUUCGUUAUUGACAACUUAAAGAGCAAGUCACCCCCAAAUAAACUUUCUUUUGCUGAUAAACUAUAUAAAUGAGUGUGCUGUAGACACAUGUCAACAAUUUUGCACUUAGUUAAAAUAUAUUUAGCUUAAAACUCAGUGUUGUGCCAUCUUCAGGUAAAAACGCAGCACUGCAUUUGAAUUUAAAUCUGCCUUCGCUAUUGGUUAAGAGGUAAACUAUGAUGUUAGCUGGUACAUUAAAACCCUUUUUACCAGACACACCGUGCCGGCAAAUCGGCAUAAUAUUACGACAAUGUUGUCUUUUAUAAACGCUCCAUACUAGCAUGGCGUUGCGCGUAUUUUACAGCAUUCAUUUCGCUUUGCUUGGCAGUAAUGCGGUAAUGGUCUGUCUUAUAAACGGCGAUUGCGCCAUGGCACAGCAGAGGGAGGUGUCAUGAUGACGUGCUCUGGCCAGUAAAUAUAUUGAAAGUGAAAAGUAAACAUGGGCAAUAAGUUUUUCUUUUUGAACAAAAUCAGCAAACUGGAGCACCACAGCGCUCCAUGAGCAUCUCUGUUAUAGCUGAAGCUCAGGUCAUCAGAGAAUGCACAGGGACUGAUGGAGAGACACCUUUAGGAGGGGCUUGUUUAAAAAAACUUAAAAGAUCAGAUUUAAUCUCAAUAAAAAGCAAGUUAUGUCCAAGAUAAAUGGAUGUCCACUGCAGCGCAGAGACCGCCCCCAUACCCCCUUUAUGCCGCCAUCACCUAAUCUUUUGUAAAAGGGACAUGAUUGCAUCACAUUACCGCCACGGUUUGUCCACUUAUAAGCAACUUAAGAGUCUCUGAUUCCACCACAGGGUUGUGGCAAAUUGACGGUAUUGUUUUGUAAAAAUGUCUUUUAUAUGAUGUCACAAUGUUGUGGUGAGCCUAUGUGUGUGAAUUUGUUAGCGACUCUGUCUGCCAGGCAACGGCAUUCGUUGCAUUUUUCAAACAGGAAGUGGGAGUGGAGUAAGACUCUGGUAGGGUGUGACUUUGUCUUUAAGAAUUUCUUGCCACCACUCCCUGAGCCGUAUUAUGCCAGAAAUACUGUGGCAUUUUAAGGGUGAUGAAUCACCCCAUUAGUUAACUUUCUUAUUUUCAGCUUCAGCAAAAAUAACAGCUCAGUGUCAUGAAGUCUGGGAGAUCCCCUAUGAGAACCCCCCAAACACACACACUGCUCCCUGAAAAUACAUGCAUUGCCAAUGUAACCAAAUUGAAUGAUGGGUCAGAGGAGGCUGCAAACAUUCCUAAACAAGAACAAAAGUAACUCCAUAAAGAAAAUGCAUACAACUCAUUAAAUGUAAACUGUAAAUAACAGAAUGGGACAUUCAGUCUGUUACUGAAUGGGUUUUCAAUCAGUUUUUUCCACUGCAUUUACAACCUCUGUAACGUGUUUUGUUCUACUUUAGCAACCAGUGCCUUGAUCUUGCUGUCAUUUAUUUAUUCUUUUUUUUUUGUGGUGGAACACAGGAAUUCCCCUUAAGAGCUUAGGAUGUGGUGACACCAAAACCUGAAUGGACAUGAGCACCUAGAUAUGCACAUGUGGGAUUUAUCAACUGUUAAUUGCAGAGGAACACGUGUACAAAUGACCGUCACAUGUUCCACAAGUCAGGAUUUUUGCCAUUCAUACAAACAUUCUAAAUUUCGUUAGCAGGGUGGAACGUAGGACAGUUUCUAUGAAAGUUUGAUAAAUGAGGGACCACAUUUUCAUGAUAUCUGCAUUGUUCACACGUUGCCUAUUUGGACAUAAUUAAUUGAAUGUAGAAAAGGAGCUAAAAGCUAAAAAUGCUGUAUCACAUCUAAUCAUUUAUCCUUAUGUCCCUGCUGAGCUUGUUGCUGUUUAAUAAACCUUGAAGAGAAUCAGUUUAAUAAAAUGAUGUGUGGUUCA